GGGGUGGGGCUGCCGGUAGCGAGCCUGCGGGGUUUUCCUUCAUUCCAAAUCGGAUGGCCUCAGGUCUUCUCUCCGAUUGAACUGAAGGCUCCCGAGAAGGGUUCUGACGUAAGGCUGACCUUGCAGGACUAGUUCUAACAGCGCAUCAGGUUCAGUAUCCUGUUUUCCGAAACAUCCGGCCAGAUGUGCUGGGAAAGAUCCCAAGGAAGUUGGGGAAAAGUUGUUGUUUGAGAUGUAGAGAUGGAGAACAAAGAGCCAGGCUUACCUUGUGAAGGGGAAAUGGAGCUCCCUGGCCAGAAAUGUGGGCUGGAUCCUACAGACAGAAAUGGGGAUGAGUCCUAUUCUGUCUCAGAAAAGCAGGAAGAAGUUGCUGCUGCCCCAAAUAAUGGACCCAUGAGUAUGGUAAUUGACAAAGUGAACGGGCAGGAGGAGCUGAGAGAAGCCCCAGAGGAAUUGAGUGACAAAGAUGUGUCUGAUUCAACCUCAACUGACAACACUUGGGAAGAUUCGAAUGAGUUUCACCGACAAAUGGUGAUAGGAGAUGGACCAUCAGGAGAACAGGAAGCAGUGAUACAGUCACGCCUGGCUACAUACCGCGAUGAAGAUGUGACUGCAGAGAGUUGGCGGGCACACAGGAAACAUGUCUUCAUUUUAAGUGAGGCUGGGAAACCCAUUUAUUCACGUUACGGCAAUGAAGAAGCCCUUAGUUCCACCAUGGGUGUCAUGAUGGCACUGGUGUCAUUCAUCCAAAGUGGGGAUAACUCUAUUCGCUCCAUUUAUUCUGAUGAUCACAAACUGGUUUUUGUGCAGCAGGGCCCCCUGGUACUGGUUUCAGUUUCGCAUACCCUACAAUCAGAGCAGCAACUACGCCAGGAGCUUUUGUAUGUCUACGAUCAGAUCAUCAGCAUGCUUACUCAGGCCAGCAUCACUCGCAUCUUUGAACGGAAAAAGAACUAUGACCUCCGGCGCUUGUUGACCGGUUCAGAGAAGAUCCUUGACCGUUUGCUGAACCUGGUAGAAUCAGAUCCUUGUUUUCUCCUUGGAGCUGUACGCUGUCUACCCCUCCCCACCUCCCUCCGGGAUUCCUUGGGCACUUUGCUCCAAAAAGCCAUCACCCCUAAUCUGGUCUUCUCUAUUUUGGUGGCUCGGAGUCAGUUGGUCACCACAGUGCAGGAGAAAACAGUCAUUGAAGAUUGCCGGUUAGAACCUACUGACCUACACCUGUUACUCAAUCUCAUUGGGGCAACUUCUGCCUUCCAAACUGGGGAAAUUUGGACACCUAUUUGUUUGCCACGUUUCAACCCUGAUUGUUACUUUUAUGCUUAUAUUUCUUAUUUGGAUUCAGAAUGUACUGUCUGCCUCAUCCUUCUCUCUACGGACAAGGACUCUUUCUAUUCUGUCUCGGGCUGCAAGAAACGCAUCGAGGAAGGCAUGAGGACUCAGAACUAUCUGCAGGCACUCUCAAGUGACUUAAAGAGCCCAUCCUAUAGUGUGGGGCUGGUGGGAGUGCCAGAUCUUCGGCACUUUAUAUAUAAACCUCUGGAUAUACCAGAUAAUUACCGACAACUUCCCCAAUUCACCAGUCCAGAACUGGAGGGGCCAUAUUGCAGUGAGAAUGAACGGCACCGACUCUUUGACCUCUACCACUACCUUCACAGUCGCAUCCACAGUACCUCACGUCCUCUACGUCUCAUCUACCAUGUAGCUGAAAAGGAGACUUUAUUGGCUUGGGUUACAAGUAAAUUUGAAUUAUAUACCUGUUUCAAUCCUUUGGUGACGAAAGCUGGUGCCAUCAAUGUCUUGACCAAACUGUUACGUUGGAUAAAGAAGGAAGAAGACCGGCUCUUCAUCCGUUACCCACCCAAGUAUUCCACUACACCUAAUCCUGGGAAAGGAAACAGGCCCCUCCGAACAGAUGGUACUGAAAACGGCUUCUUUGGAGGAGGUCACUAGACCAAGGACUUCCAGCUGCUCUCAAAUGCGUUCUGAAUGUGCAUCACCUUACAGAUAGCCCUGGAUGAUGGACUGUUCCGUGAGCUGGGGGGAGCUCCUAGUUUUGUUUUCUAAACCAGGACGGGGUGGUGGAUAAGAGAAGGAUCAGAGUUUACCAGGCUGAGCUGGGUCCCAUUGUUGGUGAUAAAUCCAGAAAGCUUUAGCCUGAUGUUUUUAAAUAUUUAUUUCCACUUGUGGUCUUUAUUUCUAGGGAGACACUAAGUCAGAUGGAGAUCCUGAAAUUGACUGGAAAUAGAUAAGGAGACUUAGGCUGAUAUAUCUUUGGAAGUGGCAUAUAACUGGAAGUUACUGAAUUUCACAAGGACUGUGCUUAAAUUACAUUGACGCUUCUGCAGCCUAGUGGGUUUACAUUUUUUACCACUCCUGUUAUCACUGGGUAAUUGCUUUGUUUUCUCUGUUCAGUUUCCUCUUCCUCCUGAGCAAUUUACUCAGGUUGCAUGGUAUUUUUUUCUCCAGAGAAAAAUCAGGAGGUAGGGAAACUGGGGUGCUUUGCUUGUCUCAAAGAAGAGUGUUGUUAAUUGCGAAGUCGUGUCCGACCCAUCGCGACCCCAUGGACAACAUUCCUCCAGGUCUUCCUAUCCUCUACCAUCUUCUGGAGUCCAUUUAAAUUCACACCUACUGCUUCAGUGACUCCAUCCAGCCAUCUCAUUCUCUGUCGUCCCCUUCUUCUAUUCAAAGAAGAGUACAAAUGGGUUAAUAAUGGAAAGAGAGCCACAGUGGGAGACAAAAAGGAAAAGUUUGAAAAUACUUGCUGCUUUCUGAUAAACCACUUGAUUGUCCACAGUUCUUCUGGAAUGGGUGUGCAAAGCAGAUCCACAGUGGUGGGGAUUUAUUGGAAGGCUGGCUGGCACUUUCCGACAGUGUAUAAUUUAGCAAGAUGAUUUUCUAUAAAGAUAGCUGAUUUGAAUCAUUUUAAUGCAACUUUGGGAGUAGGUCAAAAUGCCCAGUUCCAAAGAGUCUUUUAUCCUGGGACUAUCUAGCAGUAUUUUUGAUGAACAUACACAUUGCAUCUUCAUCUUGUACUAUAAAUACCCUUUGAAUGAGAGAGGCUGCUUCAGCCCUUUGUUCUGAUACCAUGAGAAAGUAUAUAAUGUGUGAUAUAAUGUGGUAUAUAAUGUGUAAGGGGUAUUUUGUAGUCCUUUGAGAAAUUUGGUGUCUGUAUGUAAUGGCUCAGUUUGGACAAUGUAAUUAAUUAUGAUGGCAUUUUGAUUUACCUUUUAAUGUUUUCACUUUGAACCUAACUGGAUUUAACUGUUCCUUUGCCUUUCAUAACGUUCUUCCUGCCUUCCUUACUCUUCCCCUUGCUCUGUUUCUUCAUGUUUUAAAAUUCCUAUGUGCAAUUGGAAUACACUGCUCUUAAAAGGAUUCUGGAAUUUUUUUUCCUAUAUUGACAUGCCACUGUUUUCUUUUCCCACCUCAUAAUUAGGAAGACACAUAACUCCAUCAUAAAUUUACUUUUAGAUUUAGUACUGACAAAUAUCACUCUUCCCAUGUCUGCCAAAUUUGGAUUUUGUCUGAAUGUAGUAGCAGAUGGGAAAGUAUUCUCGGAAAGUGACAUGACUGACAAGCAGUUGUAUUCUUUCCCUUCCUGAGCAGUUGCUGCUCUGCUGUGCAAAGUAUGUUUUGUAUAAAUUGGUUGCUCUUUUACUGGGUCUUUUUGUGUUUCUGUUCAUAUUCAUUAAAAUUAAGGUUUAGAUGUGGAAAUAUAAUCCUAUCCUUUUAUCACAUCUUAUGAUGAAGGAAGGGAGAGAUAGUAUGUAUGUGCAUAGUGAGGCAAGACUUAAUUUAACUUGAGAUUCCUGUGUAAGUGUGUUGGUAGUUUUGAACUGAGUAUAAAAUGGAUUUGACCAUCUUUGCCAACAGUGCAGGCAGUGAAGGAAUUAUGCUGUUUUGAAGGGUGCAUCUGUUGCUAAUCAGUUCUUUCUGGUGAUGCCUGGUUGCUUCUGGCUGGCAUUUUUUUCUACCCAUAAAAGAACAGCACUGCUUGUGUAUGGCUGGCUGGUAAUGAAGGCUUAUAUUUCUAGCUGAGCUGAUACAAUGAGAACUAGGGACAUCUGAUUAAAUUUCAACAAAAAUCCAUUUUAAAAUCAGGCCCAUCUUGGCAUGCAUCUGUUUCUUUCUCCAUCUGUCACACAUUCUGCAAAAAAAUAUCUUUAACUUGCAAGGAUUAGCUGCAUUAUUUGUUUCAGGGAUCCUUUGUGGUAAUGUUGCAAAUAACAAGGGUGUUUCUUUAUAAUGUUAAAGUCUAGUGAAUAGAAUGCAGUCUAGUGAUCAGUUAAUUUAAUUAAACCCAUAUCAAAUCUGGCUAUAAGUAAAAAAAACAAUUACUGUAAAAGAAGAACAUUUUAAACAUGUAUUUCUUACAAGGCAAACUUAAAAGUGGCAUUCUUCUUACUUAGAAGGGGAAGAGUUUUGACAGUUGCUGUGCUCUGUAAGUACUUGUAGGUUAAAUAUCUUGUACUUUUAUACAAGUACUUCUAUACAUAGUUAAUUGAGGCACUUAUUUAAUCUAUGCAAAUGAUUUUAAUCAAAUUAUUUUACUAGAAUUGAAGAUGUGCAAAAAGUUGACUAACAAUGCUUUUAAUGAGGCUGCCUGUUUUUAAUGUAAUUUGGUUGGUAAUUAAUUUAUUGAAAGAAACAGCCUUUUUAUCUGGAAGUGAUUCCUUCUUAUCAGAUGUAAGAAACAUACAACUUUUUUUUCUAAGUCUGCUUAGAAAAGUUUUAAAAUGUUUUAAAAUUUACCUGAAGACUACACUCAACUGAUAACCAAGGGCAUAAAAAAUAUUGAAGAGAUCCUACAAGUAGAAACUUAAAAGUUACAUUCUUUUACUCCUCCAAAGUUUAGAGAGAGGUAAAGUAUAGUUUCUAAAUAAUAUUUUUUUUCUCCUUAACAAUUGGGGAAGAAAAAGAAAAUCUGAAACACUUACCAAAAAAGAUAGUACUAUUGUCAGGAGCCUUUCUACACAAUUUUGUUUUCUUUGUUAACUUUUUUAGACUUUUUUUUUCUUUGUUCCUCUACUUUGUGUCUUUCCUGCAUGUGAUUUUGUUCCUUGGUUCCUGCAGUUGAUUUUGAGCCUUUGGGGCUCAAAAAACUAUUCUGUCCUAUGCAGAUUAGUUGGCAUUAGUGAGUUAUGCGUAGUGUUACGACAUAUAUUUCACUGAGAUGUUAAUUUAUUUACUUUUAAAUUAUUAUUUUAUUUAUAAACCUUCUCUUUAGAUAAAUAAAUCUCUGGAGAAGAUGUCCAGGUGGUCUGUCAACACUAAUUUGAGAAUAUUAAUUUUCAGAAUUAAUAGCCACAAAAGAAAGUUGGUCAAAAUUGUAUGGGACAAGGCUGAGGUAUAAUGCUGUUUACCUUUUCUCCACUACUAAGUUAAAAUGCUAUUUAUUGGUCUUGAGUUGUCAAAAAAAACUCUAUACUAGCAUGAAUAUUGUUGUUUCCCAUUGCUGAGUCUUCCUCUACUGAGUGUGUUCGGCAGUCAUUGCCAAAUGAUGUUGACUAAAUUAUAUAUAUAUAAAGGUAAAGGUUUCCCUUGUCCAGUCGUGUCUGACUCUAGGGAGCAGUGCUCAUUUCCCUUUCUUAGCUGAGGGAGCCAGUGUUGUCCGAACAUACUUUGGUGAUCAUGUGGCCAGCAUGACUAUAUGCAGAUUGCACACAGAAUACUAUUACCUUCCCGCCAAAGUAGUGCUUAUUUAUCUAUUCACAUUUGCAUACUUUCGAACUGCUAGGUUCGCAGGAGUUGGGGCAAGUAAUGGGAGUGUGGCACUUGGGUCUUGUACCUAAGCUGUCAUCUUUUCCAGGUGACAAGCUCAGCAACUUUAACUAUGAGCCAUUGCACCCUCAAAUUAUACAUGUAUCAUCAUCUAAAAGAAUAUACUGUAUGGCACUGUGGGAGAUAGGUCUGACUAUGGGACCCUGUCUACCUUCUUUUGAGUCCUCUUUCUGUACCCUAUUCAGACAGGACACUUUGAAUAAACUUAAAAAAAAACCAGAUUCUACUCACAAAGGAAUCUGUGUCAUAUACAGCAGGAUUUCUCUCCCCUUCUCAUGUUUUCUUUAUGUAAAAUAAAUGCUGACUUCCAGAUUCCUUUGUGGUGUGCUUGAGAGGUAACUGUGAAGGAGAAAUUGAUCUUGUCAUUUUUAGAGUUGCUCCAUUUUAGUGAUUUAUAUAUUAUUCCAGCCUGAUUUUGUUAAUACCACUUCAUGAUUCUACUGCUUCAGCCUUACUUUAGAGCAGUUGAAAUAUUUAUAGUAUUGAGCUAUACCCAGCUCUUUAGGGUUGAUGGCAAAACAGAUGAAGAUGACCAAGGAUUGGACGAGAAGUGGCAAGCUAUAGCCCCAGAAUUCAUGAACAAAUGCCACUCUGAUCCCACUCACACUGGUCACCUGAUGGGUCUUUCCCUGUUGCACCUAAUCAUGAAAUAAACAUGCCAUUUUUUUGUGGUAUCUCCAUAGUAUUGCCUUCAUCCCAUCCUCAAUUCAUGCUGAGGCAAGCUUUACUCAUUCUUAGCUGUACUGUUAAAGCCUAUUUUCUUCCUUAAGCUGACAACAUCCAAAAGCUGCUGCAAUGGGUAUAAAAUUGGUCAUGCUUUGCCUCCCAUUAUAUUGGAGAUGAAGUAGGUUUUGAACUCCAUUUUGAACAUUUAUUUGUCACUUUCACUGAAUCUGUUGCCUUGUCUGGAAUAGGGAGAGCACAACUUAACAUUGCUGAAUGCUGAUUUAUUUAAAACUAUACCAAACCUGGAAUAAGUAUAUUAUAUUGCAGGGGUGGGUUGCACUUCAGCUAUUAUUGGCCCAUGCAAUUUAGACAAUUUGGGCUCUUUCUGCAUGUCUCCCUUUCUCCAAUGAGUGCGAAUGUAACUUACUAUUUUGGAUCUCUUCCAAAAGAGUUGGCUCCUUUCUGUUGUAAGAUGUUGUAUCCUUGAAGCGCAUGUUUUGAAAACAUUUUCAAAAGAUAUUUUUUGCAGUCCAGACUACACAAAGAUAAUCCUUAUGUUUCUUUUCGCUUUGAUAUAAAGCCUUUCAACAGUUAUCCUGCACCUGCAGAAUAAAUUAUGUUUUCUAUUA